UACGAAUUGUAAAUACUAUGGCUUUGCGGCACAACCAGACACCUUAACCUUACAGUUCACGAAGCACCUAAACUUCGCGUUUCUUUUUUUACUUCCUUCCUAUAUGAAUCUUCGAACUCUACUUAUGUAUCAGUUUCUUGUAAUGCAACAAUAACGGCAACAAUAAUCACUGUGAAUUCAGAAUCGGUUCUACAAAGUUCUGUCUCCGAUACAAGCUCAAUAUGAAUGAAAAAUGUAGUGGAGCAACUACAAAUCAAGACUCAAGCCAGAAAUCAUUAAGUAGGGCUGAAGCUGGUUUACAUGGAAAACUUAAAACACGAUAUGUAAAAUAUCAUCCUCACUAUUUGGUAUGUGGCUAUAAUUUGCAUAAUACCAAAUAUGCAAAUUAUACUGAUGUGGAAAGUAUUAUGGAUCUUUAUCAAGAAUUUACAUUCAACUGUGAUUUACCAAAACCUUUGUUACCACCGGCAAAAUUACCACGGUGUGUUCUAAGAGAUGAAGAUCCAGUUCUUGAACUUCCUAUGGCCAAAUCAUUGCUUCAAAAUCGUAUUGACAGAAUAACAGAUUAUUGUGAAAAGAGGAAGAAUGGGCUAGUUCGGUUUUUGAAAAAAGAUUUAAAAUGGUCAAGGCACUAUGGCGAAGCACGAGCAACUGUACCUAAAUACGUUGCAGAUAUUGCUGAACUGGUGGAAUUGGAUCCUGAUCUUGAUUUUCAAGGGAAAUAUAACUGGUAUUACACAGGAGGGACAAUGAAAACAUUGUUACUGGGUGCCACAAAUGUUUUGGUUUUUCCAUAUGCAAACGAAUUAGUUGCUACUCCCAUAGUACAUAAAGAAUCAUCAUUAUUGAAACCAGAUCUGAAACAUGCAUCAAAAUAUAGCAUGGAUGGAGCAUUAUAUGAACUGAGGCAUAAUAACCAUGGCUGUAUUUUGGGAAGAUAUAAGAAUCAAUGUGUGAUUUAUUGUAUCUCGUACAUUGAUAAUAAAGUAGAAAUUUUCGGACAGCAUAAACAAUCAUCACCGAUAGCAUACAUAAGUGCAGAUUUAAAUUCUGAAUAUCGAAAUCAAUACUGUACAGUAGACUUGGAUAGAUGCUUAUCGUUGUGGGAUAUUAAUAAAGUGAAUCCCUUAAGUACGAAUCCCUUAAGUACUAAUGUUAUACCGCAGACCCAAGUAUUGGAUGACAAAUGGUCAAGUAUUCAUUUCCAGCAGUCUGAUCCAAACAUUAUAGUAUUCGUUGACAGAUGUUGUCUGCACUACAUGGACACUCGGACAUCGUUAGAAAAACCACAAUUAACACUAUGUCCUAAACCAUAUUUAGAAUCAUGUGAGAAUCUUUGUCUUGACAUUCCAAGUAGGAACAACGAUCAGCGAUACAUAGGUUCAUAUCACAAUUUGUUAAUGUGUGACAGUCGAUCAUCAAAAUCACCUGUCAUACAAAAAUGGACUCAUCAAUUUCAAAGUCCUCCCUGCGUUGGAAAUACUUUCGAUAGGGAUGAGAAGGAAUUCGUUGUGAUAUGUAGUCAAUUAACUGAUGAAGUUUCAAUUAUUUUAAAUACAUGGGUGCACAGUGAUACUCCACACUCGUUUAGUCUGCCAUACACACCGCCAAGUAUUUUACAAACUUUAGCAGUAUCUCAAAGUCGAGGAAAAUGUUUGGAUCCCAUUAUGAAAUCCAGAAUCGAAGUGAGUAAUGUUGGUUGUGCAAUGGGAGCUGAUACCGAAGGUCAUAUAUCACUUUUCCUACAGAAUUCAUUAAAUGAUAUAUUUUAUCAGUGUAUCACACAUGAGACACAACUAGACAUAGAUUCCGAAAUGAAUAUUAAAGCUUAUUUGGCAUUGGAAUUAUGGGAACGUGUUAUGUUAUCUCAAAGGAAAACGAUAAAGCCACUUUUACUUUCCGACAAAAUUAGCAUGGAACACGUGCACAAAGAACUGACGAAUAAAAAAUUACGUUUGAAAUAUGAGAGAGAGGUUUGGACUCUUUAUCGUUCAAACUGGAAACAGUCUGUAGAAAAAUUACAUUCAUACGUGGACAUACUAGCCCCGGAGCUUUUGGCUGUUUGGGAAAUUAAAGAAGAGCCACCUUCGUCGGCGGUUCCACAUCAGAAAGUUUUAAGUUGGUUAGAAAAAGCAGCGACUGGUAAAACAGAAGAUGAGGACUCAGAAUUUACUCCAACACCUUCAAUUUUCACGCCGUCUCCAAUUAAUACUCAGGAACUUAUAAGUGUGUCUCAGCCUUUGGAUACAGAAUAUAAUGACGAUAUUGAUCUUGAACAGGAAGUAAUCAGUCUGCCAGAAAAGACCAAAUCACUUAAGAAAAAGAACACGAAGAAAAAGAAAUAUAUAUCUGGAUUUUAAUAGAAUACAUCCCCUAGUAAAUAUUCUUCUUGCAUCCUCGUAGUAAAGUUCAGAUUAAAUACUGUGAUAUUACAUAUUUUUAAUAAAAAUAUCUGCUGUAAUAUGUCCAGUACUUAUCAGUUUAUUGUUAACUAAUAAUAUGAAAUUUCAAUGUGCAAAAUAAAUAACUAAAUAGUCUUUUAAAUUAA